CGCUCCAAUUAUUCAUCGAGAAAGAGGCAGGCCAAUGAAAAUCGGCAUGUGCAUUGCCUGGACUGGCGCUCAGCUCUUGAAGUUCAAGUAAUGGCGGACGAGGUGAUCGUUGGUGGAGUAUGGGAGAGCUUCAAAAAGGCUAGCAAAGACGAAAUACUAAAAGUGUGCAAAGAAUCGUUGGUAAAUUACAAGUUUGAUCAUGUUAGCCUGAAAGAGAAAGAUUUUAGGAUUGUUUUUUAUAACACUAUAUGGCUUAUUGUUGAUGGAAAAAUUAAAGAAGAGGAAAUUCUUUCUCCACUGAGUCAUGCAUUGGAACAGAAACCAGAAGGAUUGUCAGUUCUUGGUGACUUACUUUGUGCUGUUGAUGCAGAGACCAGUAGCUUUGAAGAUAAAGACAGAAGAGAAAGAUUUCUGUCACUUCUUUCAUCUCUUGCAAGUAUCUUGCCUGACUCCUUGCUUAAAGAGAGACUGGAGCCUGAGACCUUGCAGCAAGCUGGAGUUAUUCAAAGCCAGAAAAAUUUCAAUCAAAAGUUGAUCAGAACAAAAACGAAGCUUUUUUACAAACAACAGAAAUUUAAUUUAUUAAGAGAAGAAAAUGAAGGAUAUGCCAAGCUUAUUACGGAAUUAGGCCAAGAAUUUACGUCGCAAUUCACUCCACGACAGAUGUUAGAUUGUAUCAAAUCUCUUAUAGGGUUUUUCAACUUGGAUCCAAACAGAGUUUUAGAUGUCAUCCUUGAGCUUUUUGAAUGUAGACUAGAACAAUCGAAAUUUUUUAUCGACCUCCUUACGCAAUACCUGGGACAUUGUGACAUAACUGGUCUUUGUGACAUUAUUGGUUUCAAGUUCCAGUUUUACCACGAUACUCCUGAUACAAAAACUCCGAUUGAAUUGUACAAAGUUACAGCUAUGCUUUUGAAAAAUGAAGUCCUACAUUUAGAUGAUAUAUAUCCACAUCUCAUGCCAAAAGAUGCGGAGAUCGCAGAAAUGAACAAAAGAAAGAUUCUCCUUGCCAAAGAAGAUGCGAAAAAAAUGAAUGUUGUCCUCCUCACUGAAAAUGAGAACUCUGAAGAAAAAGAUGGCAAAGAACAGAGAGAGGAAAUGGAGAUUGAUAACCAAAAAGCUGGGUUGUGUCUUGCACUCUUGGAGAUCGGUGCCUGGGAGCAAGCCAGUGGGAUUAUGGACAGGCUGCCGAAUUUCUCUCUUCUCGAUGAGCAAAACAUUGUCAAGUCAUUGUGUUACGUCAUCCAUAGCACUAUUGAGCCUUUGUAUAGGAGGUACAGCCCUAAAGCUGCACUUGGCAAAAUAUACCAAGAAAUCGGUGAAUGCCAGCGCUGUGUUCAGUUCACUGAUCUUCCGGUGACGAUUUUUCCAAUGUUCUUCCACUUAGGCGCUCACCUGCAUGCAGAUCCGGUUCUCAUGAUUAAAGUUAUUAGAAUUUGCAAAGCUUUCAUGAAAGAGUUCAACCAGGUCUCGGAGAUUUUGAAAGGAAAGUAUCUGCCUGUCUGGUCCGGCAUCCUGACCCUCCUUGACGAAGUACUCCUUCCAUCGUUGUCUCUGAUGGAAUGCAACUGCGCUGUCGCAGAAGAAGUUUGGGGGCUACUUAAGUACUUCCCUUACGAAGUGAGGUAUCGCCUGUACGGGCAAUGGAAGAACAGUAGCUAUAAUUCUCACCCAUUGCUUAUCAUGGCCAAGGCAAAGACUUUGAAGAAAGCAAAGUAUAUUACGAAACGUCUUACAAAAGAGAACAUCAAGCCUUUUGGCAGGCAGAUUGGAAAAGCGAGUCACAGUAACCCUGGAAUAUUGUUUGAGCAUAUCUUAAACCAGAUUCAGAGGUAUGACAAUUUUAUUGGGCCAAUGGUAGACGCUCUGAAAUUCUUGACGCCAUUGGCAUACGACGUCCUGUCUUUUUGUGUCAUCGAAGCUUUAGCUAAUCCCGACCGAGAGAGGAUGAAACAGUCGGAUACAAAUAUCUCAGACUGGCUACAAAGUCUUGCAUUGUUCUGUGGAACGGUUUUCAAGAAAUACGCCAUUGAGCUGACAGGACUACUUCAGUAUGUCGCAAACCAGUUGAAGGCAGGAAAGAGCCUCGAUCUGCUGGUUCUAAAAGAGGUUGUGCAGAAGAUGUCAGGAAUUGAACUAACAGAAGAAGUAACACAAACUCAGCUAGAAGCAUUAUGUGGAGGAGACUUACUCAAAGCAGAGGGUGGAUAUUUUGGUCAGGUACGAAACACGAAAAAGUCCUCGCAACGGUUACGAGAUGCACUUAUCGAAGGAAAGCUCACUAUACCGCUCUGUCUACUGAUUGCGCAACAGCGAAACGGUAUCGUUUUUGUUGAAGAUACGACAAGACAUCUUAAACUAGUAGGGAAAAUUUUCGAUCAGUGCCAAGACACCUUGGUGCAGUUUGGUGGUUUCUUAGCAACGCAGCUGAAUACAGAUGAUUACGAGGCUAACCUGCCUUCCUUGGAUGAACUUCGCCGUAUUUAUCACAUCACGCCAGACGCCGCUUUCUGUCUAUCAAGGCCAUUGUAUCGCCACGCAAUUCAGCUGCAAGUCGAUGCAUUUAAGAAAAAUGAAGGACAAGACAGAUCUAAGACUGUAAAGCAAAGACAAGAAGCUUUGGAGAAGAAUUUCUGUGAAGUUUCUGAUGAUGUUUAUCGACCGGUCAUUGAAUCAGCAAUUCCUCUGCAUCCUGCAAAGAUCUGGAAUAAUCUAAGCCCUCAGCUUUAUACAGUAUUUUGGUCCAUGGCCAUGUAUGAUUUGUAUGUCCCCCUGGAGAGAUAUGAUGCUGAAAUUCAUAAGCUGAAAUUGGCCAUUGACAGUAUAGAUGACAACAAGGAACUGACAUCUUUGACGAAGAAAAAGAAGGAGAAAGAAAGAUGUCAGCUGUUGAUCGACAAGCUGAGAGAGGAGCAACACGUGCAGCAAGAACACAAUCGUUGCGUGAAGAAAUGGCUUGAAACGAAGAAAGAAGGAUGGUUUCCUUCAAAGACUGCUAAAGGGGAAACCAUAACUCAGUUUCUACAAAUAUGCAUUUUUCCGCGAUGUGUGUUCACUGCCAAUGACGCUGUUUAUUGUGCCAAGUUCAUACACAUUAUACAUACUCUGCAAACGCCAAAUUUCUCGACGCUUAUUUGUUUUGAUCGAGUGUUUUCUGACAUAUCAUAUAUUGUUGCCAGUUUGACCGAAAACGAAGCCAGCAGAUACGGUCGGUUUCUCUGUGCAAUGCUUGAGAUGGUUAUGAGAUGGCAUCACGAUAAAAGACUCUACGAGCAGGAAUGUAGCAAAUUUCCAGGCUUCCUGACCGUCCUACGAGCUACCAACAACGAGAAAGCAGAUUAUUUGGACUACGAGAACUUCAGGCAUGUCUGUCACAAAUGGCAGUACAAAUUAACCAAGGCGGUUGUUGUUUGUUUGGAAUCCAAAGAUUACAUGCAGAUCAGAAAUACAAUUAUGAUUCUCACCAAGAUAUUGCCACAUUACCCGAAAGUCCAGAAUUUAGGGCAGGCAUUGGAAAGAAGGAUUGAGAAAAUUAUCGAAGAAGAAAAAGAGAAGCGUCAAGAUUUGUUUACGUUAGCAACUGGGUAUCUUGGGCUUCUCAAGUUACGGAAGUCUUCCAUGGUGCCAGAAAACAAGUUUCACAUCAAAGAGGAAAAGGAGAAGGUAAAGCCUUCUAGUGAGCACCGUGCAAAAUCUGCAGGACAGCAAGAAAAGUCAGACCGCCAGCCAGCACAAGGCGCAACUCGUGCUGCGCAGGCAACAUCUAAAGAUCACCAGUCAGAGGAAACUAGCUCAAAGCAACCUGCUGCCGGUAAAGAAGUGGAUCAUUCGUCCGAUCGGAGAUCUCUUGGCAAGGAAACAAAUAUCAAGUCAGAAAAAUCCACAUCAAGGCAGGAGACGAGCGCAAAGGAAAGAGAAUCCUCAAAAUCUCGUUCUGAAGACGAGUUGAAGUAUGUCAAGAGUGUAAAGAAAACAUCGAGUUCUCCGUCAAGGCAUGAAAAAGGGAGAGACUCUGAGCCUGAAAAGAGUGACAGGAGCCAGCGAUCAAGAUCAGCAGCUGGUAAAUCUUCAAAAACACAGGAAGAAAGAAACCAUGAAAAGUCGCGAAGCAGGAGCCGUGAGAAAGAACGCGAAAAAGAAAAAGAUAGGGAAAGAGAAAAGGAAAAAGAAAGGGAGAAGGAAAAAGAAAAAGAAAAGGAAAAAGAUAAAGAAAAAGAAAGAGAGAAACACAAAGAGCCAGAUAAAGAGAGGGAAAAGACACCACGAGAAAAAGAUAGAUCGAGUUUGGAGUCAUCCAAAGCAAGUCGGAAAAUCAGGCCCCACUCGCCUUUGCAGGAUGAUCCAAAAAAGAGAAAAAUAGAUGACGCCAAAUUCGUUUCACCAUCGACCAAGGAAGGAACACCAGGAUCACGAUCUGAUGACGGAAAAAAGGAUAAAAAGGACAAAGAUAGGGAAAGGGAAAAGGACAAAGAAAAAGACAGGAAAAACGAAAGAAAAAGAACAUCAUUAGAGAUAUCUGGUGAAACGAAAGAUGCCAAACGACGCAAAGAAGGAGAUACCCCAGAAAGAUCAUCAAAGAAAGCAGAGCCCCCUAGAAAAGAUAAAGAAAAGGAAAGAGAUAGAGAAAAAGACGGGAAAGUGAAACUAAAAGACAGAUCAUCUGAUAAAGAGCAUGACAAGCCUAGUAAAAAGGAUAAAUCGUCGCCUGAUAGGAGCAAACAUUCAUCGAAAGAGAAAGAUGGAAAGGAGGACGAAUCCCGAUCGCGGAAACAUCGAUCUUCAAAACCUACAAGUAAAGACAAAUAGAGCAUGCUGUAAAAUUGGCUGUAUUUAGGGCAUUUUAUUCAAGUUGCUGUUCUUUUCGGUAUGUAAAUUUUGAAUUGUCGAUCGCAACACAAGGGACAGAGGAACUUCUUUUGUAUUGAGCCUCGUUUUAUUGUAGCAACCGCUGUAAAUGAGGUCGAGACCUCCCCGUCAAACAGUUGGUGUACUGAAUUUGUAUUUAACUUGCUAAACUCAUUACGAUCUGCAAAGAACAAAUUUCUAAUCAAAAA